GAAGAGCUCGAGAGACGAGGUACAUAAUGGCAACAUGGGAAUGAUCCUCUCUGUCUGACCAUCUCGAAGCCUUUUUAACCCAUCGACUUUCUGAUAUUCGUAGUAAUGGUCUGGUGGGAUAAUAUCAUUAAUGAUCUGCUUGAUCUCAGAGGUGGUCGUUGAUUGGGCUCCGUCCUUUCAUGCGCAUUGCAGCUUUGCGCAAGGACUCCAGUGUUCCUCUGCAGCAUCCGGAGGAGUCCAGAUCCUGCUGGAGGACCAUGCUCUGCUCAGAGCGUGGGGUGGUGGAGGAAUGGCUUUCAGAGUUCAAGACGUUACCUGAUGAGCAAAUCCAAAGCUAUGCUGGCAGUCUGCGUCUGAAGAAAGCUCUGGUACCUGCACUGUAUGCUGUUAUACAGGAGCAGCCCAGCAGUGAGCUGCUAGCUCCAGUGUGUCACCAAUUGUUUGAGCUGUACCGGAGUUCAGAGGAGGGAUUGCGUCGGUUUACCCUGCAGUUCCUGCCUGAACUCAUAGGGGUGUAUUUGCAUCAUUCAGCCUGUAGAGAGCGCUAUCGCAAUGGCUGUGUGGAAGCACUGCUGUUGGGCAUCUAUAACCUGGAAAUUGUGGAUGGCAAAGGAAAUGGCAAGCUGUUGUCAUUCACCAUACCGACCCUCUCCAAGCCUUCAAUAUACCAUGAGCCAUCCAAUCUGGGUACCAUGGCGUUAACUGAGGGAGCCCUGUACCAGCAUGACCUCAUCCGGGUGGUCUACGGCGGCCUGCUGUCUCAGAGAGAGACGUUCACCUCACAGAAUAGAUUUGAGGUGCUAUCUUUUCUGUUGCUCUGCUACAACUCAGCCGUGGCCUACAUGCCUGCGUCCUCCCACCAAUCCACUUGCAGAGUGAGCACACGGCUGUGUGUGAGCGGUUACCCACGGCAGCAGCAGAAGUCGUGGAAGGAGCCACAUAACCGCGUGCGUCUGGAGCCAGAGUUCAUGGUGCAGAUGCUGACUGCUGUUUAUCAUGCCAUUUAUAAUGGGCAGUGGGAUCUGGGGAGGGAAGCGUUGGACGAUAUCCUCUACCGAGCACAGCUAGACCUGCAUGCCCAGCCAUUACUGGUGGCAAAUGCAAUUAGACGUUCACUUCCAUCCCGGCCUCCAGAGGGCUCGAGGAACCUUCUUGAAGUUGAAGUAACACCUGCUGGUAGAUGUAUUUCACAGGCAGCUGUCACUGCCGCCUCCAUUCGCCGCCUUCGCUGGAAACGAGAGGAUUGUUUUGAUUUCACAUCCACGGCCGAAUUCUACACCUCCAUACCCAGCCGAUACACUCCCCUGGAGAAACCAACCAGUCCUUUGCCAUGUGGGCAGAUCAAGUGCUCCAUUCACCUAACUUCGCAAGGGGAUGCAGAUGGCGUGAGCUGUGGAGAGGACUCUUUUGACCCAGAUGAAGGCUUCUCCUCUGGGGCUUCCAGCAGCAGUCAGCCCAGCAGUGUGAAACGUGACUGGAUCAUAACAGGAGUGCGACCUUCCCGGGAUCCAGGAGCCAGGCAGAGCAAGAGCACGCCGGAUGAAACUAGAGCCGCCCUCCGAAGCCUCCACCAACGCCACCAAUCCCCUCGCCCUGCCGUCAGCCUCCACACUGUAGAGAGCAGUCGCAGCCCGAGUCCCUGUGCUCCGAGGCGCUUUCUGGACCCCCAUUACAUCCCUCCUUUUGCUUGUCCACCACCCAAAACUGGCAGCACGUCUUCUAGCAAGUCCUUGGACUGUACAGGCCUGAAUGGCUCAUUGGGGCCCACAGAUAGCCUGUCGCUGGGUAGUCUCAGUGCAGACAGAGCCCACUAUCUGUCAGCAAUCAGCUUGCAUGAAGAGUGUCUUGGGCGAGCCGCAAGGAGCCAGGAUCUCCCCUCACCUGGACGUCCAUUCUCCUCUGGAAGCCCUUUGUCUAAACAGUCUCGAUCAUCCAGUUUUAAUAUGCAGAUUAUAUCACAGGUGUAGGAUGAUGUUGCAAGGCUUGGCUGUGUGUGUGUGCAUGAGUGUGGGAGAGAUAAAAUGAGACAGAGAGAAAGAGAAGCUGCAGAAAUGUUUAACAUGCAUGCGUAAUGCGUAUAAGCAUGUUGUCUGUGUGAAUGAGAGGUUGCACACAUGCGUGUACUUUGCUCGCGUGAAUCUGGGUGCACACCUGUGCUCAUACACUUUUACCACUACAGUAUGCACUUGGGUUGGCGAGGAGGAAAUAAGUGUUUUGCACAAUACUUCCCCUAGUGGACAUGUUCAGAAGUGCACAUAAACAGAGACAGUUUUAAAUGUGCCAAACAAACAUACAAUAACAACAUGGUGUUAUUUUAAGAGGAACAAUAAAGCAAUGAACUUCAGAACUGACAAUCACAGUCGAUGCAUAAAGACCUGAUGCAUGAUCCAAAGAGCCCAGCUAGAGGAUGUCCUGAAGAAAUCUUCUUCUGUUUCACUGUUUCAGUUGCGCUGAUUGAGCCUGCUUUCUGUUGCUUGUGCUCUCCACCCACCAUAGAUAAUAAAUUGUGUGGACUGCCUCAAUGAAACGCUACAUUGUGAAAUGAAAAACAUGGUAUAUGUUGUACUUUGGAACAAGUUUAUAUUUUAAAUUGUGUAUAUUUGUGUAUAUGAUUAUUGUACAAUAGAAGGAGUGUAUGCUAACAGAAUCGACGUAUAUUACUUGUACAGAGAUAGGAAUCUAUCCGCUGAAUGGUGAAUAAAUGUGCUGUUCAUGCAAAUGCAAGUUCAAUGUAUUUGACAUGGCCUUGAUAUAUUGGCAUUAAAGAUAGCUAAA